GGAAGCAAUUUGAAGAUGGCGUCCUCCUCUUCAAGCGGGCAAGCCAACGCGGAGGGGAAAAGUGAAUUUCGUAGCAAGAAGCCGAAGCCGGAGAACCGAGAUGAAUCGGAACUCCUCACUGUUCCUGAUGGUUGGAAAGAACCAGCUUUUUCCAAAGAGGACAAUCCCAGAGGACUCUUGGAGGAGAGCAGUUUUGCAACUUUGUUCCCAAAAUACAGAGAGGCUUACUUGAAAGAGUGCUGGCCAUUGGUACAGAAAGCCUUGAAUGAACAUCACAUUAAUGCAACCCUGGACCUGAUCGAGGGCAGCAUGACUGUCUGUACAACAAAGAAGACUUUUGAUCCGUAUAUCAUCAUUAGGGCCAGAGACCUAAUAAAACUUUUAGCAAGGAGCGUUUCAUUUGAACAGGCAGUACGAAUUCUUCAGGAUGAUGUUGCAUGUGACAUCAUUAAAAUAGGUUCUUUAGUAAGAAAUAAAGAAAGAUUUGUAAAAAGAAGACAACGUCUCAUUGGUCCCAAAGGAUCUACAUUGAAGGCUUUGGAACUCUUAACAAACUGUUACAUUAUGGUUCAGGGAAACACAGUUUCAGCCAUUGGACCUUUUAGUGGCUUAAAAGAGGUACGAAAAGUAGUCCUAGAUACUAUGAAGAAUAUUCAUCCAAUUUAUAACAUUAAGACCUUAAUGAUUAAACGAGAGUUGGCAAAAGAUUCUGAAUUAAGAUCACAAAGUUGGGAAAGAUUUUUGCCACAGUUCAAGCACAAAAAUGUGAAUAAACGCAAGGAACCAAAGAAGAAAACUGUCAAGAAAGAGUAUACACCCUUCCCGCCACCACAGCCAGAAAGUCAGAUUGAUAAAGAAUUGGCUAGUGGUGAAUACUUUCUGAAGGCAAGUCAAAAGAAGCGACAGAAAAUGGAAGCCAUAAAGGCUAAACAAGCAGAAGCUCUCAGUAAGAGACAAGAGGAAAGAAACAAAGCUUUUAUUCCACCUAAAGAAAAACCAGUUGUGAAACCGAAGGAAGCUUCUACCGAAAAUAAAAUUGAUGUGGCCGCCAUCAAGGAAAAGGUUAAGAAAGCAAAGAAUAAGAAACUGGGAGCUCUUUCAGCUGAAGAAGUUAAGCUUAAAAUGGAAACAGAUGAAAAAAAAAAGAAGAAGAAAAAGUAACACUAAAUAAACCCCCUGAACUAGAACUCAUUAAGCUAUCUCCUUUUGUAAAGGAUUUUGAGAUACUAGGAUGUUCGUAGCCUUAUGUGUGAGAAGAAUACCCUGAUCAUAUUUUUCUAGUUUGUGUCAUUCUUCAACUCAGUGUUUAUAUAAACAGCUGUUUCUUUAUAAAUACAAAUUAUUGUA